GACACUUCUAUUGCUUUGCACCCACUCUCCACCGCCGGCUGCACCCUCCCAAAAACAGGGUCUUCCGGCUCUUCACUCUACUGAUGUCCUUCUGCCUCCACCAUCAUCAUCAUCAUCAUCAUCAUCACCUCUGCAGAUAUUUCUACUAGAGCUCUUGCUACCUGCACCCUCACUACUAUCUCUAUCCAACUCCUUCUACUCACACCAUUAUUACUGGAGAACCUUCUACUUGCACUUUACUACUAACUCUAUCCAAUUCCUUCUACUCACACCAUUCCUACUGGAGUUCCUUCUACUUGUACCUCUACUACUAGUUCUACCAAGCUCCUCCUGCCUACACCAUUCCUUCUACCUUCUACUUGUGCCACCAUAAUUGAUUGUAUCUACUGAAUGUACAAGCCCUAGUAACACCCAGUUAUAGGUCAUUGGUACAACACUAUUGAAUCUCCAGGUAUUUACCUGCCCUACUCUAUGUCCUGCUCACACACACUCACUGCUGAGAUGCUGCUACACGUCUGCUUUGGGCUCUGGAUUCUCCUGAGAACUGGUUGGGCGGCUGAGACUGGCCCCGUGUAUGUGGCCCUGAAUGACCCAGUUCUGCUCAAUAUCCCCGGAUAUCCCAAUGCUGAGAAAGACCAGGUGACCUGGAGAGAUGGGAAUGGAGUCCUAAUGGGUAAAUUCAAGACCUCCUCAGCAUAUGAUCAGACAAUGGGAUGUGAGUGUGAGCUCUUCAGGAACGGCUCCCUGUAUCUCAAGCGAUUGGACACGGUGGGAGACAAGACCUACAGGGUGGAAGUGUUUAACCAGAGUGGAAAACAAAUCUCAUUUUAUUCCAUCACCGUCACCUUGAUCAAGAGUGUGGCCGCCCCGGUGCUGAGUUACACGUGUGGUGGGAAACAAAUAAGACUUCGCUGUGAGGUGAGUGAAGAGGAUAACCCGGACGAGAUGAAGAUGAUGUGGAACAACUCGCUGCUCAUCCAAAGCACCAAAAGCAAAUCUCUUGGGAAAAACGUCUCUCUGGAGUCUCAUGGGAAUGUGACCUGCACCGUCAGGAACCGAGUCAGUGAAAAUACAGACACCAAGUCCAUCAACUGUCACAAAGCAGCAAAUGGAAUGGAAUGGUUUAUGGUGGCAGCCAUUGCUGCAGGGGGCGUGGCUUUCCUCAUCUUCAUCAUCCUCCUCAGUUACUUUGUGAGCAGAUCAAGGUGCCAGAAUCCCAGGAUAUGUGAGUUUGACGACUCUGUUUCCUACGAGAACAAUAUUUCUUUGCAGGAGCAACAACUCCCAGACCCCCCCAGCCUGCCGGACACACAGACACUGAUCCAGCCUCCAGCACAGACUCAAAGCCACAGCCCAGGGACAAAACCUUCAGCUCCCAAGGGCCACCCCAAAAUCCACGACCAAAAGCCAUCUAAGAAGGGAGCCCGUUGCAAACAAAAUGGGGCCACAGUAGAGAAACAGGCCCCCCAACAUCAGAAGCAACAGAAUUUGUCUAAGUCUGAAAGGAAUCCAAGUUCUACCAACGUCCCCAGCACCCACCCACCCAGACCCCAACCUCGUAUUAAAUCACGGCCGGCCCACCAGCACCAGUAACAAUGAUGGUCUGAGAUUAGUGGCCCCCAGUCAGGCCCUCCAGCAACACACACACAAUAUAAAUAUGUUGGGAAUAAAGGCCGGACAGGGAGGGACUGGAGAAGCUUCACGGCCCCACAAGUCACACAUGGUGGAAUCCAUAGAACAUGGAAACUGAGUUGGGGGAGAUGUGGGGGGCCCCAUGGACCUAGACUCAGAUUGGGGCUUAUGGCACCCCCCUUCCCAACUUAACCAGAUCCCCCAUCAGCAGGGCCGUGUGGUGGUGCAGAAACAAGGGGGGACAAUUAGAAGCAAAUAUAUAUUUAUGUCUGUCUGUGUCGAUCGCGUCACUCGAAGGGAAAGUCACCCCAAUGUGUCAAAUGGUCAAAACUGACAAUAAUAUGGCAGGUCACAUUGUCCCUUGUCAGAUGUUGUGGGACUGAUGGGGUUAAGUAGCAAAUGAAAUAUUACAAGUUGUCUAAUGUAUUAAGCUAAUACUUUCUUUAAUUUCUCCACUAGAGGGUGAGUGUGAGUAUGAGUAUGAGUGUGAGUAUGAGUGUGAGUGAAAGUGAUUUGCUCUGUGUGUUAGUGCCAACACCUGACACUAUAAAGCCUCACACACAUUUAUAUAGUUAAUAAAGUACUAGAAGGAGGGACAUCCCAUGGGCUGUUUCCAACCCCAAUGCCGCCCCCCUAUCCCACUCCGCACUUAAAGGUUUAUCAUGUGAGCAGGUCAAAGGGGUUAACAAAACAGAGCAGAGCCCAAUUUCUGGUUUAAAAAAUGGAAAUUUAAAGAUACAGGAGGCAGCUUUUU